AUUAAUUUCGAUUAAUCCUUGUUCCGUGACUUCAUCGAUUAAGUCUGAUUCUCGCUUUUUACAAUACUCAUACAAGCUCACACUCGAAAACAUGAAAAGCAUUUAGCGAAAGAUUAGCCUGUGCGCGAUGUCAGCAGCAGCAAGCAGUAAGCCUCAUGCCUUGUGCAUACCAUAUCCUGCACAAGGUCACAUAACUCCGAUGCUAAAACUAGCCAAACUUCUUCACCACAAAGGCUUUCACAUCUCAUUUGUAAACACAGACUUUAACCACAGGCGCCUUGUCAAAUCCAAUGGCCUGCAAGCCCUGGAUGGUUUGCCAGACUUCAGGUUCUACUCUAUUCCUGAUGGCCUGCCACCCUCGAAUCCGGAUGCAACUCAAGAUGUUCCUCUCAUGUGCAAGUACAUUCCAAUCAACUGUCUUGCUCCUUUUAGCAAACUCAUUUCGGAACUAAAUAACACUUCAGUAUCCCAUGUACCUCCUGUGACAUGUAUCGUUUCUGAUGGUGUCAUGAGCUUUACUCUGAAAGCUGCUCAACAGUUUGGUAUUCCAGAAGUGCUGUUCUGGACAGCAAGCGCUUGCGGCCUCAUAGCCUAUAUGCAGUACAGCCAGCUUGUGGACAGAGGCUAUAUACCUCUACAAGAUACCAGCCAUGUAACAAAUGGCUAUCUAGAUACAGCUAUUGAUUGGGUGCCAGGAAUGAAAGAUAUGAAAUUGAAGGAUUUUCCGCGUUCCAUUAGAACUACUGACAUAAAUGACAUAGUCCUUAAUUUCUUUAUAACCGAGACUGCAGCGCUUCCUAAAGCUCGUGCACUUGUUAUAAACACGUUUGACACUCUUGAAGAGGAUGCACUGAAAGCAAUUUCUGCAAGUCAACCACAUAUAUACACAGUUGGACCUCUGCACUUAUUAAUGAAACAAAUCCAGGAUAAAAGACUUAUGUCCAUCAGCUCGAGUUUGUGGAUAGAAGAAGAUAGCUGCAUUGACUGGCUUGACAAAAAAGAAGCAAACUCAGUUGUUUAUGUGAACUUUGGUAGUAUCACUACCAUGACUGCGGAACAGCUCAGUGAAUUUGCCUGGGGCUUAGCUAAUAGCGGAAAGCACUUCUUGUGGAUAGUCAGGCCGGAUAUAAUUGCUGGUGACACGGCCAAGGUACCCCAGGAGUUUGUGGCUGAAACUAAAGAAAGAGGCAGGCUGGCAAGCUGGUGCUCUCAGGAACGAGUCCUGAAACACCCUGCUACUGGAGGAUUUUUAACACACAGUGGAUGGAAUUCGACUAUAGAGAGCAUUGCGUGCGGUGUCCCAGUGAUUUGUUGGCCCUUUUUUGCUGAACAACAGACGAACUGUAAGUAUAGUUGUGUGGAUUGGGAAAUUGGAAUGGAGAUUGAUAAUAAUGUGAAAAGAAAUGAAGUAGAGCAGUUGGUGAGAGAGCUCAUGGACUGCGAAAGAGGAAGGGAAUUGAAGAAGAAAGCAUUGGAGUGGAAAAAGAAAGCUGAAGCCGCUGCAAGCCCAGGUGGUUCUUCGGAUUUAAGUUUAGAUAGAUUGGUCGACGAGCUGCUGCUAGCAAAGUAGUUCAGACUGGUAAGUUUGAAGCAGAGGCGGAUAUUUGUUCUUUUUUGAAGUUAUCAAAUUAAUCUUUAAUAUUUGACCCCUCUUGGUUUGUGAUCUGGAUCCGCCACUGGUACGAAGGAUGUACACUAUGUUGAAACACACACCACGUGUGCCAUGAGUCCAGACUGUUCUGGAUAAUUCCAGGCUGUACAUGUCAGCUUGACAGCUCAGCAAAGUUAGUUACUAGUUUGUUAUUAGCUCCACCACUCUGUAUAAAUAUAGCAUCAGACUGAGUAGAGCACUACUUUUACUUUUCUCUGCAUUCUUAGUGUAACAAAACAGCUGUGUACAAACAAUGUGUUUUCUUCUUAUUCAAGCAAGUAUUG